AUGAUUUAUACAAUGAAGAAAGAACAGAUUUUUUGGGUGUCUGUGUAUCUGCUGCUUAAUUGUGCCUCUGCCCUUCUUAGUGCUGUCCUUGAAGCUGAAGAAUAUACAGAUAUUACAGAUGUUGAGUUGCCACCACUGAAACUUUUACAUUCAUUUUGUGCUUUGAAAGCGGAUAAUGGCCCAUGCAGAGCAAUGAUUACACAAUUUUUUUUCAACAUUCACACUCAACAGUGUGAAGAAUUUAUGUAUGGGGGAUGUGAAGGAAAUCAGAAUCGAUUUGGAAGUCUGGAAGAGUGCGAAGAAAAAUGUAUGAGAGGUAGAGCCAAUGUGGGCCUCAAGACAACAUUAGAAAAAGAAAAGCCAGAUUACUGCUUUUUGGGGGAAGACAGUGGAGUCUGUCGAGGUUAUAUAACUAGGUAUUUUUAUAACAAUGAGUCAAAGAAAUGUGAAGAUUUCAAGUACGGUGGGUGCCUUGGCAAUCAAAACAACUUUGAAUCACUGGAUCAAUGCAAGCAAACCUGUGAGAGUUUAGGUAAUCUGACAACGCUUGAUGUUACAAAUACUGUGUCCCCACCUGAUUCUGUGAAUAAUGAUUCCAUCACUCCCCAGCCUACUAAGGGUCCCAGCUUUUUUGAAUAUCACGGUCCUUCCUGGUGUCUGACUCCAGCAGACAGAGGAUUGUGUCAAGCCAAUGAGAGCCGAUUCUACUACAAUUCAGUCAUUGGGAAAUGCCGCCCAUUUAAGUACAGUGGAUGUGGAGGGAAUGAAAAUAAUUUUAUUUCUAAAAAAGCAUGUCUUAGGACUUGUAAGAAAGGUUUCAUCCAAAGAAUAUCAAAAGGAGGAUUAAUUAAAACCAAAAGAAAAAGAAAGAAGCAGACAGUGAAAAUAGUAUAUGAAAAAAUUUUUGUUAAAAAAAUAUAA